GUGUCUACGCGGGUAACUUUAGAAAUAGUCGGUGUUCCGUGUGCGAUAACGGACCCGGAAAACCGUUUCUUCACCCCAGCACUCGGUGAGUAUGCAGCUACACGAGUAUCUGCAGAGUUUUAAUGUCACAUUAUGCAGGCACCUCAUAACCAGUCUGCUCACCUUAAUGAAUGGCAGAUGAACCUCUGUGCUCUGACCUCUAGCACCUGUUCACCAAGGCAGAAGGCAGAUGUGUUUCGUGCACAUAUAGCAAAGAUUCAGUAUGCAUGGGCAAACUCUGAGAUCUCCCAGGCAUCAGCACUCCACCUGUUCAAAAAGUAUUCUGAAAAGUGCUCUGCCAUUAUUGACUCUGACAAAGUGGAGACUGGCCUAAAUAACUAUGCAGACCGUGUUUUGAGUCUAGCCAGAUGUCGGCAAAAUGACAGUGAGAAGUGGCAGUCUUCAUUUACAGCCAAUAAUAUCUUCAAAUUGAAAAGUGUGCAGGGCAUGAUUGAGACCGCCAGAAGAAUCCAAAAGUCUCUGCUGGCUUCAGAGGAUGUAUCUGUGAGAGUUGAUAACUGGGUCAGUACAACUGGAAAUUCACUGGUUCAGAGUAAUAAUGUCCUCAACUGUUCAGGGCAUAAUGAACCACAAACUGCCUCAUUAAAAUGUGAUAUGCCUAAGGGAAACCCAGAUGCAGUUCAGAACAAACCAAUUCUCAUGAAAGAUUUUUCUACCUCAGCCAGCUUGCCAAAUGCUGUGCUAAGGAACAAAAUUGUCACAGCUCCGGCUUUUGGAAAAAAUGAGUCGGCUGUUUCAACAAAGUCACAGAAUCUGAAUGUAUUGCCAUCUAAUAUAUCUGCAAGGUUUACAGGUUUUGGGAAACGGAAAGCUUCUGGAGAUGAACACCAGGAUUCACACACUGCUAGUUUAGUCCAGAGUCCACUGGUGAACAAGCAAGCAAGUGAAACUAGUUUUAAAACGGCUAAAGAACAGCUGUGGGUUGAACAGCAAAAAAAAUAUCAGGCUUCUAAUUUAUAUUGUAGUGCUAAAAGAUCAUUGGGAGCUGCUCGUUCACGUGGACUUCAUGGGAAAUUUGUUCCUCCAGUUCCAAGGGGUAAUGGUAAUGAGGGUCAAAGCAUGCAAAGGAAAAAUUAUGAACCUAGCAUCAAUGAGAUGAAUUUGCCUUGUGAUGAUCAUCUGAAAAACAUAGAACCAAAAAUGAUUGACCUGAUUAUGAGUGAGAUAGUAGAUCAUGGUCCUCCACUGAGAUGGGAUGAUAUUGCUGGGUUGGAAUUUGCCAAAACUACCAUAAAGGAAAUAGUUGUUUGGCCAAUGCUAAGACCAGACAUUUUCACUGGUCUAAGGGGCCCUCCUAAAGGAAUUCUCCUGUUUGGUCCACCGGGAACAGGGAAAACUUUAAUCGGCAAGUGCAUUGCUUGUCAAUCAGGUGCAACAUUUUUUAGCAUCAGUGCAUCAUCACUAACUUCCAAGUGGGUUGGAGAGGGAGAAAAAAUGGUCCGUGCAUUGUUCACAGUGGCAAAAUGCCAUCAGCCUGCAGUGAUUUUUAUUGAUGAAAUUGAUUCACUUUUAUCUCAGCGUGGAGAAGGAGAGCAUGACUCUUCAAGAAGGAUUAAAACAGAGUUUUUGGUACAGCUAGAUGGUGCAACUACUUCCUCCGAGGACCGUAUUCUUGUAGUGGGUGCCACUAAUAGGCCUCAAGAAAUAGAUGAAGCUGCUCGAAGAAGACUUGUUAAAAGAUUAUAUAUUCCGUUGCCAGAAGCAUCUGCAAGAAAGCAAAUUGUUGUCAAUUUAAUGUCAUGUGAGAAAAUCAGCCUCACAGAUCAAGAAGUGGAUUCUAUAGUCUUACAAGCUGAUGGCUUCUCUGGUGCCGAUAUGACACAACUUUGUAGGGAAGCUGCUCUUGGUCCUAUACGUAGCAUUCAGGUAAUGGAUAUCUCAACCAUAACCCCUGAUCAAGUACGACCUAUUGCGUACAUAGAUUUCCAAAACGCAUUUCAGACAGUGCGUCCUAGCGUCUCACAAAUGGAUUUGGAAUUGUAUGAGAACUGGAACAGAACUUUCGGCUGUGGGAAAUAAAAUUCUGGUAUAUAUUUUCCAAGGAGUGGAAAUGGUGUCUGUAUGCAUAUGUUACUAAUGUUGUGACUGACUAGGUUCUUUUUUUGAUGAAUAAAUGCUCUACAAUCUUUUCUUCAUACUUUUUAAAAACCUUGAAUGUGUAUUAGUCCAAUUGUUAUAUAGUAAAGGAAGUGUGUAUAAGAUGCAAAUGUUCUUUUGGCAUUAAAGUAUGUUGGUCUGUUAUCCAAAUCUUGUGUUUUUACAAGUUUGUGCAGUAAAUAAACUUACAUGCUAGUGUCUUACCUA